UCGGUUUACGGCAGUGGCAUAAGCGCUUUGGAAAGGAAGUGAACGAGAAGGGAUAUUCUUUACAAGUGAAUUGUGUUUAUCUAUCACGUUGUUUCUCUAUGUUCUUCACUUUGCCGUAACAACAUUUUACACACAGUUUAAACAGGACAAGCCUGGCCACAUUUAUUAAAGAGACCUCUGGUGUGAAGGCAGUUUGUGACAGCGAGAGAGCUUUAACCGGGUUCCAGUGACCCCGAGCGCAAUGCUGCUCACCGUGUUUUGUGCACCGAGAGACCGCUCGGAAACCACCUUCGCCCUGGAGGUUUCCCCGGAGCUUGAACUCAGGGAUUUUGUGGCUCUUUGCGAGCUAGAAUCAGGAAUACCAGCUGGGGAAAUUCAGAUCACAUAUGCAGAGCAGCAUCUACAAGAUCCCACCCGUGCCCUGGGCAAUUAUGGGUUAAAGGAUGGAGACGUGAUAGUAUUGAGACAGGCGGAGAGGACACGAGCUCCACAACCAACAAUGCCUGGUCUGCCUCGCAUCGAUUUUAGUUCCAUCUCUGUUCCUGGGAGCUCAUCAGGAAGACAAAACAGACCGCAACAAACCCAGCGUCCCAGUGCCACCCAGUCACAGCAGCCCCAAGCUACCAACCAAGACUCAGCCUUAGGCCUCUCUUCUCAGGGAUUGGACAACCCCGCCUUGCUCCGUGAUAUGUUGCUGGCAAAUCCACAUGAGUUGUCGUUGCUGAAGGAGCGAAACCCCGCCCUUGCUGAAGCUCUGCUGAGUGGAGAUCUUGAUCGUUUUACUAAGGUGCUAUUGGAGCAGCAGCAGGACCGAGCACGGAGAGAGCAGGAGAGAAUCAGACUGUUGACCGCUGAUCCCUUUGACUUGGAGGCUCAGGCCAAAAUUGAGGAGGAAAUAAGACAGCACAAUAUUGAAGAAAAUAUGACUAUUGCAAUGGAAGAAGCACCUGAGAGUUUUGGCCAGGUGGUCAUGCUCUACAUCAACUGCAUAGUCAAUGGACAUCCAGUAAAGGCCUUUGUUGACUCAGGAGCUCAGAUGACUAUUAUGAGCCAAGCAUGUGCAGAGCGGUGUAAUAUCAUGCGUCUGGUAGACAGACGCUGGGCUGGCAUUGCCAAAGGCGUCGGCACACAGAAAAUAAUCGGCAGAGUUCAUUUGGCCCAGGUGCAGAUUGAAGGAGAUUUCUUGCCAUGCUCUUUCUCCAUUUUGGAAGAUCAGCCCAUGGACAUGCUGCUAGGACUUGACAUGCUGAAGAGACACCAGUGUUCCAUCGAUCUAAAGAAAAAUGUCCUCCUGAUUGGGACAACGGGUACAGAGACACGUUUUCUGCCUGAGGCAGAGCUACCUGACUGUGCCCGGCUGGCAUACGGGCCAGAGGGACGAGAGGAGGCACAACCCGAGGAGAUUGCGGACCGAGAGCUGGCGGAGGCAAUACAAAGAUCUGUGCAGGACAGCGAAAUUGAAGAUGGAAAAACUACCUCACCACAAUCCCUGCCAUUUAAACCCCUCAACAAACCUGCAACAUCUUCGACCUCAAGUCAUCCCCAUAGUCUCAACCUAGACCGUUCCAAGUCUGCCCCAGCCUCGAUGAACCAGGGAGCACCUCCGGUGAAUAUUCCCACACCAACUGAAUCAAUUGAAUCCUCUUUAGAGCCCGUAAAAGUGGGUGAACCCUCUCCAGAUCUUUCUGAUGACACCUUCAAACCUCAGUCCCAAGGACUAGCUGAUUCAUCUUGCUUAAAGACAACAGAUGCUCCUCUUCCCUCUCAGGAACCAUUAUCCAGUACUGUGUCAGAGAACAACGAAGGGAGAGGAAGCACGAUAUCAGGAGAUUCUGUCAGUGAGAUGGGGGAAAAUAUUACUUCCUCUGGUAACGUAUCAGCAGAACCUUCUUCUUUUACUCUUUUUAACCCAUGCUCUCAGACAUUAGAUCAGGAGGUAGACAUGGAUGUUUCUACAAAUGCAAAAUUGGAAAUUGGCCACGACGUCUCUCAUCAAGGCAGUGUGAUGGAAGAUGUUUCCGAGGCUGAACCCCAACUCAUGCCUGUUUCAGAUAUGAACCAUCAACCUUGCUCUUCUGAGCACUCUCCAGUCCAUUCAGACUCUGAAAAGAGUAUGGAUGGUGGGCCAACCAUGGAGAGUGAACCAGUGUCCUCUGGUAGAGACCAGCGGGAGGUGGACAACACUCCAUCUCUGGCUCAAGCCCUCAAGGAGCUACAUAAGCUUCUCAUGUCCAACAGUUGUCCCAACAGGACCCCUCUUUCAGACCUUAAUACUCCAACACCCAGACAGGAUGCUGAUGGAGUUGCUCAGGUUUCUGCUGUCAGUCCGAACCCAACUGAUGUUUCUCAUACUGCCACAACAAACGACAAGGAGGAAAGCGUUGCCAAAGCUGACUUGACUUCUCAAUCAAUGGAUGAUACGAAAGACUUACCAGCUUCUAGCAAUCCAAGGCACUUAGAGAGCCAAACUACAAGUCUUGUAGAUACCCGAGAUGAACCAAGUAUUCAGUGCCCUGACGGAAAUCGGGAUCAUGACGAUUCCGGGUUGGAGACUUCUUUUAAGGAAGAAGGUCAGCAAGGGCCGAACAUUGCAGAUGGUAACACCUCAGGCUUUGACACCGCUGAUCUGCCUCAGCAGCUCCUCCCCCUUUCUGUAGCGUCUGGCUCAUCAACCGAUUCCAGCCUUGAGCCUGUUGCAUCUCCUCAUCCUCAAACACAAGCCCCUGAGAUGGAUCCUUCCCUUGGAGACUCCAUCCAUUCUUCAUCGCAGCCCACAAUAGGGCGGUUUCCACUCGAGCACAUGCAAAGGAUCCAGGCAUCGGGGUUCUCGGCCAAUGAGGCUGCUGAGGCACUGGAACAGGCUCAAGGCAACGUGGAGCUUGCCUUACUGAUGCUGCUAGCAAGAACGAUCACUGUGCCCACCUAGACUCAGAAUCAACACGCGGUGGCAUCAGUUCAACAUCUGAGCCUUUUUCAUGCUGUGGUUUUCCUUUAGCAGUCCUCAUUGUUUUGUACUGGAUGGUCUAUAAAAUUAUGGCUCUUAACUUUGCCAACGUACAGAAUCGAUUUUCGAGAUGCUGGCCAUAUCUCAAUUGUAACAAAACAAGUGUCUGCAGUCUUUAAAAAAAAUAGAGAGUUUUGCAUGUUGCCUCGGUUGUUCCUAAUGGAUUGUUGGUUUUAUGGGUUUGAACUGAAUUAAUUUGAACUGUCAGACAAUUAACAUAAUAGAAAUAAUUUACUUCAACCUCAUCCAAUAACUGCAUGGUUUUAGAUCUCAAAAGUGAUUUCUGUCCCUGAUGUUUACUGAACUUGAAACAUAUCACUGUAAAAAAAAAAGGUUGUAUUAUUUGUAGUAAAUUUACUUGUAGUAAAAGUAAAUUACCUGGUUGCCUUAAUUUAAAAUUGUAAGGCAACCAGGUAACUUUCUUUAAAGGGACAUUCCACUUUUUUUUUUUAAAUAUGCUCAUUUUCCAGCUCCCCUAGAGUUAAACA